GGUUUUCACUUAAAUUCUUCCUUGAGAUUAGGUAAGUGGAUUAACCUUUGCCUCCAGUGUCUCGAGCAAGAGAUUCCAUAAAGCAGACGAGGCACAGGGAGCUAAAGUGUGCUCAAUUGAUAUUCCCUUCUCUCCCAACCUCUACCUACUUCCUUUAGUACAGGACAAUAUAAAUAAGGGCCACUUUGAGUUGCACUUUGAGUUGAGAAAAAUAUUGGUGCCAAAAACAACAAAGAGCCUUUUUUCGUCGAUUGGGGAAGUCUCAAUAGAUUUUGUUGAAGGAUCUAUCUUUCCGUUCAUCAGCUAGACUUCUGCUUUUUGAGCGAUUUCUCUAUCUGAUGUACCCAAAGGAGCUCUUAUUCUAAACAUACAGUCAAGGAGAGAGGAGUUGAACAGAGAGAGAACGGGACGAGUAGAAACUAGAGACAAACCGGAAACAAAAACCAUGUGUCGGAGAGCCUAAGGAUCACACAAGGGUUGAGAGGGGAAUUCAAAGAAAAAGGGAAUUAAAAACGUUAAGAAGAAGAAGAAGAGCAAAAGUGAAGAGACAAGAGUGGGACGUCAGUAAGAGGAGACACAGAACAUACAGUAUUAAGAGUACAAAGAGGUCCUGCACCUGAAGACCACUCAGCAAACGCAAUGAUGCCAGUUACAGGAUAUUGGGGUCACCGGCCAUGCUCCAUGCCGUGGAUCAUCAUUUUGCACCUCCUGGCCCUGCUGUUUUGGUAUGUUGACGGUCAGUCACCAGGAUUCGACAUUAUGUUACCGCAGUCACCGGUUGAAGCCCAGAGGGGGCUGUGCGUCCACAUUCCGUGCUCUUUCACCGUACCGGCCGAUGUACAGCUAACUUCAGUGGCUACAGGAUACUGGUGUAAAGAUACCACCUGCUCUGCAACCAAGGCCAUCGCUUCUAAAACCGGCAACGGUCCCAACACCAAUACCCGGUUCCUCCUGACGGGGGAUGUGAGUAAACGGGACUGCUCCCUCAGCAUCAACGACCUUCAAUCCGGAGAUGGCGGAACCUACCAGUUCAGGAUAGAAGAUUCAUCUGUGAGACUUAACUACGGGAAAACGAUCCAAGUUAAAGUGACAGAACUUACAGAUAAACCUGAAAUCUCGCCUGAGGGGGCACUGAUGGCCAGCAGAGAGGUCACCCUGACCUGUUUCAGUCCCGGCAGAUGCGCUGGGUCUUCUCCAGACAUCACAUGGGAAGGAACAGAGCUGUUAAAUAAUGUAACAUUUCAGCCAGGAUCUGUGGAUUAUGGAGAAGGCAACAAGACGUUCUACUCAAACAUCACGUUCACCCCGACCAUUAAAAACAACAACGUUUUGCUGUCAUGUAGAGUGAGCUUCAGAAAUGGACCUUCAACCAACAGCCAAACCAGAUUAAACGUUCAGUGUGCCUCAGGAAAUCAACAGAUCGACGAUAACGGCCCAACUGGCUGUGAUUGCGGUACGAGUAUCAACCUUAUAGCUGGAAUAGCCGCUGGUAGUGUAUUUAUCAAUAUCCUGAUCUGCACAGGAUGCCUUUUCUGCAGCAAGAAAAUGCAGAAGAGCAGAGAAAAAAAUAAACCGAUAGGAAACACGCGCAAAGAUUUGGAAUUGAAUAAUGACAGAACCGAAUCUACAUACGAGACUCUCAAGCAUCAGAAUCAAGAUGUCUAUAGCACGAUAAAACCGUCGAAAUAGGAGAAUUUCUGUGAGCAGCUCAUCUUUCUAUCUAUUGGAUAUCCAUGUGUCUCUAAAGAAAUAGUAGUGUAUGUUGUGUUUUAGUUUCAUUAUUAUUAAAGAAUAACUGUUGGCGCCCUAUAAACAAAAAUAUUUAACAUUAAUUAGUUUAAUUUAUAAAACAAGAUUUAAGUUGAUACAACCUGUGGGAAUUAAUAAAG